CCGUGGACCAAUCAGGAUGGACAGCAGCUUCAAAGACUGGAGGAGGCUGAUAUCAAGUUCACAUUGACUCCUGUCGCUGUGAAGAGUGAAGAAGAUGAAGAGAAACUUAAAUCGUCAACGCUUCGUCCGAGUGAGAGGAAGAAGAACAGAGUGGACUGUGGAGGACCAGAACCAGCCAGGAACUCAGGUUCUGAUGGACGUUCACAACCAGGUCCUGAGGACAAGACUGAAGACUCUUCUGAGACUGAAGUCAGUGAGGAUGAUUGGAUGGAGACCAGGGAACCUCAGACUGGUUUAAAUACAAGAAAUAACAAACAGCCUCUAAGUGAUAUGGGAUGUAAGACAGAAAAAAAAUCGUUUACUUGCUCUGAGUGUGGUAAAAGAUUUAGCCAAAGGGGCAGUCUAAAUAUACAUAUGAGGAUUCAUACAGGAGAGAAGCCGUUUAGUUGCUCUGAGUGUGGUAAAAGAUUUAGCCAAAGGGGCAAUCUAAAUAAACAUAUGAGGAGUCAUACAGGAGAGAAACCGUUUAGUUGCUCUGAGUGUGGUGAAAUAUUUUACCAUAGGAGCAAUCUAACUAAACAUAUGAGGAUUCAUACAGGAGAGAAGCCGUUUAGUUGCUCUGAGUGUGGUAAAAGAUUUAGCGAAAGGGGCUAUCUAAAUAAACAUAUGAGGAGUCAUACAGGAGAGAAACCGUUGAGUUGCUCUGAGUGUGGUGAAAAAUUUUACCAUAGGAGCAUUCUAACUAACCAUAUGAGGAUUCAUACAGGAGAGAAGCCGUUUAGUUGCUCUGAGUGUGGUAAAAGAUUUAGCGAAAGGGGCAAUCUAAAUAAACAUAUGAGGACUCAUACAGGAGAGAAACCGUUUAGUUGCUCUGAGUGUGGUAAAAGAUUUAGCCAAACGAGCGAUCUAAAUGUACAUAUGAGGAUUCAUACUGGAGAGAAGCCGUUUAGUUGCUCUGAGUGUGGUAGAAGAUUUAACCAAAGGGGCAGUCUAAAUACACAUAUGAGGAUUCAUACAGGAGAGAAGCCGUUUAGUUAAUCGGAGUGUGGUAAAAGAUUUAAGAUUCAGUCCUAUUGUACAAGACGUGAGGAUUAAUAAAGGAGAGAAGUGAUUCAGUUGCAACCUUUUGCAAAAAAUAGUCUUAUUAGGAUUUAUCAGCAGAUGUUCAUAUUAUACAUA